AUGUCCUGGUCCCCGCUAGGUCGACCUAUACGAGUUGGAUUAUUCGAACACGACCCGGAUGCAUUCAACUGUUUCCGUCGGAUGCCUAAGAAGCCUUGUGCAAAGCCAGGAGCCGAAAUGGAGAUUAUCUCGAUGGUUAUGAAGAUUUUGGAUUGGCAGUGGGAAGUUAUCGACACUGAAAAGGAAUUUGAUGUUGUCAAUGACUUUGGGAAUCCAAAACCCGAUGGAAACUUCUCUGGAAUCAUGGGUCUUCUUGCAGAAGAUAAAAUAGAUAUGAGUGGUCUGUCAAUGAGAAUCACUCCUGCACGAAUGGCAUUUGCUCAUUUCACAUUUCCUAUUCGCUACUUCCAACAGGUCUAUAUUAUCAAGAGGCCACCAGAGAAUGACUUUCGAAACUUUGUAUUUGCUCCAUUCACAACAGAUAUGUGGUUACUACUUCUCGCUACUAUAAUGGGAGUCUCUACUAUGAGAUUUGCUUGUGCAUUGUAUUGGGAUAGUCGAGUUGGAUCGAAGUUCAAUAUUUAUACAAGUAGUGUUUUGGAAACUUUCGGUUUGAUGUUGAAGCAACGUGUCCAAGACCCAACUGUUAUCUCAACAAUGUUACUGGAAGGAUUUCUAAUAGUUGCUAUGAUGAGUAUAGCUCAGUACUAUCAGACAUCUAUGAAUUCUCGGCUGACUGCUCCCCCAUCUUCUCGAAUUCCAUUUUACCAUCAGAAUCAACUAAUAGAGCUUCUAUUGGAGAAGGAAACAUACUUGACCUACUAUUUCAAUUUGAGUCUGGAAGGUUCUACGGAGAAAAAUGAGUAUAAUAUAAAACGUGCGUUAGCUAUGAAUCCAAUUGUUGUUCGAGCUAAAGAAGUAGAUUUGAUUAAAGAAAUUCAAAAAGGAGGAGUGUUCUACUCAACCUAUGAUAUCGAAUUUCUCCCUCAAGCCGUCAGUGUCUGGGAUAAACGACAAGGUCUCACGGUGAUCCGAGAUACUAGUGGAAUUCUUAGCUAUGUCGCAUUUGGAUUCAGUAUCAGCAACAGAAAACUCUGUCAGAUGUUCAACAAAGCCCUGCUGAAAAUCCUUCCUGGAAUCGCGAGUAUAACUUUGGGACCGGGUUACGGUACCAAGAAGCAAGCAGAAGAUAUAACAGUUCAAGUGAAGAAGACGAGGCUCUCGUUUAAGAAACAUUUGGAGCAAUUGUUCUACAUUUAUCUGAUUGGAUGUGGGAUUGCGGUCGUGUUUUUUAUAAUUGAGAAGAUUUUCUAUCGAGUCAGAGUGCUGAACAGGCAGAAGGUGUAUCAAGUAAACCGCCAAGAAUCCGAUGUGACACCCCAAUGUACUUUCACCCCGUUACCUUACUAA